ACCUUCCUUUUGCUAGAAGCAUUGCUGUUUUGAAAUAAUACCAUUCAGCAGUUAUUUGCUGUGGGGAAACAAGACAAAGAUCAUGGGACAACUCCUCUGUGGACUUAAAGACUAUCUAUUCACUAAAAAAUCAGUCAGACUCCUAAUGAUAGGAUUAGAUGCAACAGGAAAGACAAGUAUUCUCUACCAAUUGACGCUGGGGGAACUGGUAACGACUAUACCGACAGUUGGUUUUAAUGUAGAAACAAUCCAGUACCAGAAUGUGAAUUUCACAACGUGGGAUGUUGGAUCUCGCAGUAAAAUACGUCCAUUGUGGGCACAUUAUUUUCAAAACCUUGAUGCUCUGAUGUUUGUUAUCGACAGCAAAGAUGUUGAACGCAUCGAGGAAGCAAAGGAUGAGCUAUGGAGAGUGAUAAGAUCAGCUCAGCUACCUUUGUCAACUGUGAUACUCAUCAUGGCUAAUAAGCAGGACUUGCCUGAUGCACUAUCAGUGGAUGAAAUAACAAAGAGACUCGACUUGGAGAAUAUUAGGAGUAGAAGUUGGCACAUAACUGGAUGUAGUGCAGUGACUGGUGAAGGGCUGUAUGAGGGACUGGAUUGGCUUCAUUUCAAACUGACUGGGAAAGCAACAGAAGAAUAUAUUAAAAAGCCAAUGAAAGAGGCAACUAAUGCACUUUUCUCAAAUCAGAACUAUCUUUACUACAAUAGUAUCACUUGCAAUCUUCAAAUAAGUUUAAUAAGAAUGGGGAACUCUUUGAUGAGAAAAUGGUUUGGACAGAAAGAAGUCAGACUGCUCAUAGUAGGUUUAGAUGCUGCUGGAAAAACAACUAUGCUGUAUAAGCUUAAAUUAGGUGAAGUCGUAACCGUUAUACCAACCAUUGGUUUCAAUGUUGAGACAGUCAAUUAUAAGAGUAUCAACUUCACUGCUUGGGACGUUGGCGGAAGAGAUAAAAUACGUCCAUUAUACAGACACUACUAUCAGAAUACUGAUGCAUUCAUUUAUGUGAUUGACAGCAAUGAUAGAGAAAGGUUGGACGAUUGUCGCGAGGAACUUCAAAAAAUGCUAGCAGAGGAAGAACUCAAAGAUGCUCCAUUUCUGAUACUAGCAAACAAACAAGACCUACCGAAUGCAAUGAGCACUCAAGAUAUCACAGAGAAACUUGAACUCCACCAAAUCAGAGACAGAAAAUGGUAUAUACAGGGAGCGAGUGCAAUAAAAGGGGAUGGUCUGUAUGAAGGACUUGACUGGUUGACUUCAAUUCUAACGGGAAAGGCAACAGUUGAUGCAGUUAAAAAACCUGUUGCCGAAACAGGAAAGAGCUUUCUCUCGUCAAUCUACUCGAGUUUUUCAGAACUCUUUAGCAAAUCAUAACAUAAAAAUCAUACCGUAAUAUAUGAUGUUUUUUAUUGUGUCAAAGUAAAAUAAAACUACGUGCAAUUUUGUUCAGUUCCAA